AUGCAAAUGAAUACAGUUACACCUCAAUCCACUACUAUUGGCAAUUCGUCCUUUUUGCCAUCUUUCGAUCAGCAAAAGCGGAAACUUAUUAGCUCUCCUCCCAAUUUGAUCUUGCCAUUCCCACCACAAAUAGCUCCUGUAGAUUUUAUGAAUUGUAAAACUCGCAAACUUCCUUCAAAACCUCCGAACGCUUUUUUUAUUUAUCGUAAAGUAUAUACUAAGGAAUUAACCAAGAGAAAUCUUAGAUUUAAAAUGACCGAUGUUUCUCCUUGGGUUUCAAUUGCUUGGAAACGUGAGCCAGAAGAUGUAAAAAAUAAAUAUAAAGAAAUUGCGAAAGAUGUACGAAAACUCUAUAAAAAUUCAAAGUUGAAUUCUGAUCAAUCCGAAAAUAAUGUUCAAUCAGAAAAUAAUGUUCAAUCCGAAAAUAAUGUUCAAUUAUCAAUGAUUCCUUCUCCGCCUCUUACCGAUACUCAAUUUUCUACUCCAGAAUUAUCUCAAGAUUCAUUAUUUUAUAGUUUUAUGAAUCAUUCUGGACCACUUACUCCUGAUGAGACUGAUAUCGACUUUUUUGAUCAUUCAUCUAUGAACUUCGCUCAAUUAUCAAAUCCUCUUGGUUUUACUAUGUCAUCGGAAAUUUCUGAUCCUACUUUAUGGCAAGAUAAUAAUCUUUGCCAAGAAUUCAUGUAUGAUAAUUUAAACACCGAUUUGACUUUUUCUGAGUAUUCCGACCCUAUGGCAAUAUUCGAAUACACUCAUUGCCCGGAAAUUCAACAACAACCUGAAAUUGAUCAGAAUUGGACAUACGAAAAUUUUUUAUUUGAUAAUAUUCCUCUCGAAUGGGAAAAUCUAUAUUAG